AGGGUUUGCGAUCGGUGGGGAACCGCCAACCCUCCCGCGGAUACGCAAAAAAGGAAAAGUAGACUUGAACGGUCAGUAUGACGAGAAACCUUCCUUCAAGAACGUACGACCAGCUAUAGGUAGUACGCGUCUGUCCGUCAACUGAGUGGUGCGUGUGAGUGGGCCGUUACGGAUUACCACCGUCAUCUUAUACCGAGUGCCUGGUGGGUUCUAUAGAGUGGAUUUAUAUCGGAAAAAUGUGGAUUUGAUCGGUCGACAUCGUAUAAACCGAUACGAGAUUUUAGCUUCAAUUUCCGUUCGUUUCGCUAUUUCGAAUAGCCGAGUGAAAACCACGUAAUGGGGGAACGGGUGGAAUCGACAAUGCCUGGUCCGGACUUGGUUGGGGUAAACGUGGAAAGGCCAUCCCUUAUGAAUCAGCAAUCCGCGUUAUGGAACAAAAGGCAACAGGCCGUUUGUGUACGGCACGCUUUCAAGCACUACGGGUCCAAAAAGAACCCCAAUCACGUACUCAGCGAUUUAAAUAUGACAGUGGGCAAAGGUACCAUAUAUGGCUUGUUGGGUGCUUCGGGCUGCGGCAAAACAACACUCCUGUCUUGCAUAGUCGGAAGAAGGAGGUUAAACACGGGUGAAAUAUGGGUAUUGGGUGGCAAACCAGGCACAAGGGGAUCUGGGGUACCAGGCAAACGGGUUGGAUACAUGCCCCAAGAAAUAGCUCUAUACGGCGAAUUCACGAUCAAAGAAACUAUGCUCUACUUCGGGUGGAUUUUCGGCAUGAAAACCAACGAAAUCAAAGAACGACUUCAGUUUCUAUUAAACUUUCUUGAUCUACCUAGUCAGAAUCGCUUAGUAAAAAAUUUAAGCGGUGGCCAGCAGAGAAGGGUAUCCUUUGCGGUGGCUUUGAUGCACGAUCCCGAGCUGCUCAUCCUCGACGAGCCCACUGUCGGUGUUGAUCCUUUGUUAAGGCAAAGCAUUUGGAAUCACCUGGUGCAAAUUACGAAAGAUGGAAACAAAACGGUGAUCAUUACUACGCAUUAUAUCGAAGAAGCUAGACAGGCACAUACAAUUGGCUUGAUGAGAAGUGGUAAACUGUUGGCGGAGGAAGCGCCCAGUGCGCUGCUAUCGAUGUACUGCUGUACGUCUCUAGAGGAAGUGUUCUUGAAACUGUCCAGAAAACAGGGUCAAAUAGGGGGUGGAGGUGGCGGCGGCGGCGGCGGCGUUGGUCAAACGGACAUGAAUAUCAGCAACAAUAUAAGCUUGGCAACGUUGAACUGGGGCAAAAAAGAUUCAAUUUCAGUCACUGAAGAGAGUGGAGUGGUCGGGUUGAAUUUCCAUCAGAGCAAAGAAGUGCUGGUGCACGAUUCUAACGGGCAUCUUGAUUUCUCAAGCAAAACAGCGUCCGCCAAAAACGGCAUCCAAGAGGCGUGCGCAGAUUGCGGCAACUGUUCGGAAUGGACGACGACCGGGAAAAUUAGGGCGCUUCUCCAAAAAAAUUUUCUUCGAAUGUGGAGGAACGUGGGAGUGAUGCUUUUCAUAUUCGCCUUGCCAGUCAUGCAAGUUAUUCUGUUUUGUUUGGCCAUCGGCGGUGACCCAAAGGGAUUAAAAUUGGCUAUAGUUAACCACGAAGUUGGCUACGAAAAUAUGACGUAUCAAGAUUGUCCGUACGAACAGGGCUGUAAAUUUUCGAAUUUAAGUUGCCGCUAUUUAAACACUGUGAAUACUAGUACUAUAACGAAAGUGUAUUAUCCGGAUCCGGAAUCGGCAAGAUUGGCGGUGAGCAAGGGCGACGCGUGGGGUGCGAUGUACUUCACAGAGAACUUCACGGAUGCAUUGGUCGCUAGAAUGGCGUUGGGGAAGGACAGCGAUGAGGAAACGUUGGACCAGAGCGAGAUAAGGGUGUGGCUAGACAUGUCAAAUCAACAAAUCGGCAUAAUAUUGCAACGAGAUCUCCAGUUGACGUUUCAGAACUUCACUAAGGACAUAUUUAGGGACUGCGAUCAAAACGAAGCUCUCGCAGACAUACCGAUAUCGUUCAAAGCUCCAAUAUAUGGAUCGAAUCAGCCUUCCUUUACCGACUUUGUCGCUCCCGGUGUUAUUUUAACGAUUGUAUUCUUUUUGGCGGUGGCUUUGACAUCUUCGGCACUGAUCAUAGAAAGGAUGGAAGGUCUCCUAGAUCGGUCCUGGGUGGCAGGUGUUACUCCCGGAGAAAUUUUGUUUUCUCACGUUGUUACCCAAUUCGUUGUUAUGUGUGGACAAACCACUCUGGUGCUUAUAUUCAUGAUUUUGGUAUUUGAAGUCGAAUGCAGGGGAGAUAUCAUUAUCGUCGUGUUCCUAACCAUUCUGCAAGGUCUGUGCGGCAUGUGCUUCGGAUUCGUCAUAUCAGCAAUUUGCGAACUAGAAAGAAAUGCAAUCCAACUGGCACUGGGUAGUUUUUAUCCGACACUACUUUUGAGCGGUGUUAUUUGGCCCAUUGAGGGAAUGCCGACCAUUUUGAGGUACAUUUCGACAUUUUUACCUCUAACAUUAGCUACGACGUCGCUUAGAGCUAUGAUGACAAGAGGAUGGAGUCUCGUCGAACCAGACGUGUACUACGGUUUUAUAGCCACGAUGGUGUGGAUAGUACUGUUCCUUUCGAUCAGUUUAGCUGUGUUGAAAUUUAAGAGAGGUUGAGACUCCUCGAUGCUGUAGUUUUAAAUUUUUUGUACAUUCCGAUUUUCCCGAAUAUGUGUUAAAAUUCUUUGAAAAUUUCUGGUACUGUAAAACAAUAGGUAAAAAGAAUCAUCAUGUGGUUGUGUAGUAAGUUAUUAUUUAUGAGUCCCUUGCCUUUUUACAUAUAGGACGCUGUGUAAGUGAAACUUAAUCUAAAACCCUUCAUCGCUAUUUUUCUCAUUUUUCUUGAUGAAAUUUUUCGUCAUUACCUUUCUCACCUUAAUUAUAUAUUAGAUGUAAUGAUUUUAAGGAGGAUUAAAUCGUUGCCAAAACCAUUAUACAAUUACAAAAAAUCAAUAGCCGUUCAUUUUAGCAAAGCUUGUAGUUUUUACUGCUUAAUGUUAAUAAGCUUUCGAGAAAAACAUAUACAUAUAUUAUAUCUUUUCCUUUAAUACUAAAGCAUUGAAUAAGUAUGAGGAGAGACAGGAAGACAGGCAUAGAGUGUUAUGAAUCGGAUAAGUUUUCAGCAGGUGGAAGAUACCCAGAAAAAAAAUGUAAAAUAUAUUCGUAAGACAAUGUGCUCAAAUGUUAAUUUUAUACUGUUAUUAGUUGUGGUUUGUGAUGUACGUUUGUUAUGAAUAAAAAUAUAAGUACAGUUGUU